CAGACACGCUUUAUUGAUGAAUCUGACUGUGUUCGAUGAGACCUAUGUGACCAUGGGCUGCUGUCAGAGUGCAGAGAGCAAGGCUGCAACAGAGAGAAGUCAAAUGAUUGACAAAUAUCUUUUGGAGGAUGCAUGGAGAGUGCGUAAUAAAGUGAAUAUGAUGGUGGUUGGUUCUGACGAGUCUGGAAAAAGCACCCUCAUGAAGCAGAUAAAGAUUCUUUUUGAUGGAGGAUACUCAGAGGGGGAACUUAAACGAUAUAGAGCGGCCGUGCACUGUGACAUCAUCAGGUAUAUCUGUCACAUUGUAAGAGCUAUGGAUCGCCUGGGCAUUACUUUUGGAGACGUGGCCAGAGCUGAUGAUGCCCGGCAGCUGCCAAUGUUUGCCAGAGGUGCAGUGACUGAGGAGCUGGCUGGUGUUAUACAGAGACUGUGGGAUGAUGAAGGGGUACAGGCUUGCUUCAGUCGCUCUCAUGAGUACCAGCUCAGUAACUCUGCCUCAUAUUUCCUUAAUAACCUGGGCAGGAUGUGUCAGUCAGAUUAUAUCCCCACCCAGCAGGACAUGCUAUGGACCAAGGCAAAUAUCAACACCAUAUUGGAAUAUUUCCCGUACAGAGACUGGUACUUCACCAUUGUGGAUAUGCAAAACCGAUGGUUAAUCCGCAAGAUCGAUAUAACUUUUAAUGUCAUUCUUUUUUCUACAUCACUCUGUGACUAUGACGGGGAGUUGUCACCAGGGGAGAAUUACAUGCACUUUAAUAUACAGUUACUGCGAAACAUUUGCAGAAACAGAUGGAUGCAAACUGCCCAGGUCGUCCUCCUGUUCCUGAACAAAAAGGAUCUCUUUGAACAGAAAAUAAGUCAGACCCCUCUGACCAUCUGCUUUCCUGAGUACAGGGGCUCUAACACAUAUGAAGAAGCUGCUGCCUUUAUACAGGAACAAUUUGAGUCACAGUGUGGACCUGAACGAAGAGUUUUUACACAAUUCACAUGUGCCACGGACACAAAGAGUAUAAAUAUAGCAUUUAAUGCUGCAGCAGACUUCAUCCUGCAAGACACUACAGUCCUUUGCUGCUAGCCUGAAUAUGCGAAGCUGCUGCAACUCACAGUGAACGAGGAAGAGUCAUCCUCAUAAUGUUAUUGCCGACCCUCCUCCCCAUUCAGUAGUGAGUCAAACUAAAAUGGCAGCUGCUUAAAGGGACAAUAAACACCUUGAGAUUGUGAUAUAAAUGCAAUAGAAUAUAUAAAAUUAGUAAGACAUACUUGCAAUAUAUUCUUUUUAUUAUUUAUUUUGCCCCCUUUUCCUGCAAUUUAAAGUGAAUGUCAAUUUUCUCUAAUAAGAAUGUUUAAAUUAUUUGCUUUUAUGUAUACAAUUCAAACCGACACUUUUUUUUCCAGAAAAACAGUGAAAUAAAUAAUAUACUUUUAUUACCAAA